UCAGCAAGAUAUGGCAUUUGUGGAAGCCGACUUCAGAUGACCAUGACGAUCAUUGCGACCCCGGUGAACUGGCAGGCCGCUCCAGCAUACGGCGCUAUGCCAGACGACAUGUGGGUAUCUUCGUGCCAUAGACUACAAAAAGAUGUACAACUGCUACACGCCGCAGGAGACUACGGAGAUAGUCUCCCGCGCUGGCGCAAUUAAAGGGAACACGCGCCUUGACAAGGUCUUCUUCAGUGCCGUCUCGGCCGGCUGUCUUCUGGCUUUUGCCUGUGCAACGGCACUCAGCACCAACGCCAGUCCGUGGUAUCAAGAGAACGCGCCCGGUUUGAUCCGGACCAUCUCCGCCAUUGUCUUCCCUUACGGCCUAUGCUCCAUCAUCCUUACCGGCGCGGACCUCUGCACAGGCAGCUUCAUGUUCACCGGUUUAGCCGUUCUCCAUCGCCGCCUAAGCAUCGUCAAGAUGCUCAUCCACUGGGUCGUCACGUUCUUUGGCAACCUGGCUGGCUCGCUCUUCAUUGUUGGAUUGAUUACGGGCUAUGGCGGCAUCUUCGACGACGCAGGCUACAAGACAGAAGCCGUCAAAUUCGCCACAACCAAGCAAGUCACUCCCGAAUGGCACGAGAUCUUCCUUCGUGGCAUUGGCGCCAACUGGCUCGUCUGUCUGGCCUGUUUUCUCGGCAUGUCCGGUCGCGAGUACUUUUCCAAGAUUGUGGGCAUCUGGUGGCCGACCUUCGCUUUCGUGUCGCUUGGCUUUGACCACGUCGUCGCCAACAUGUUCUUCGUGCCAAUGGGCAUCUUCCAAGGCGCCGACAUCAGUGUUGGCUUGUACAUCUGGAAGGGCAUCAUCCCAGCAGGACUCGGCAACAUCGUGGGCGGGUUCCUGUUCGUCGGCGCCUAUUACUGGUACCAGUACCUGGCUUUCCUACCGGCGCCCGUCAUCGAUGGUGUCGCCUACGAAGCCGUCUCGUCCAAUGGUCAUGUCGAUUUCGGAGCUCGGAGAAAGACCCAGGACGAAGAGACACUUGCUGGGUGAGAUGGAACUGUGAAAAGCCUAGCAAAUCAACUUCGGUAAUGGGGAUCCUGUUUGUCAAGCCUAUGGACCUGUUUCCCGUUGGUUUGCGCCUUGAACUCCUCGAGGCGAUCACAUUCCGCUCAAACGACUUGACAUGGACUUCAAGAGCGCAAAGGGGGGCUGCGCUCUGUUCUCUACAGAUAGAGAUGAUAUCCGAUAAGAUAGAACAUAUGUAAUUAUCAUAUAUUGACACAACUUCGAUUGUGGUCAAGCAGAUGGACAAACCUAAACAUUAAUAACAUCAUUUUGCAUGGAUCCUAUCCAAAAGUCUCGGAAACAUCGUCAACUAGUCGGCUGAUUUUCU